CAUCUGUGCAGCAUGAACGAGACGUUGUCUAAGCAGAGAGAAGAGAUCGACACCCUGAAGAUGUCCAGUAAGAGACAACAUUCCCAAUUCCUUGUGAAAACCACCAUUGGAUUGCAAAGAUGUGCUCCAUGAACCCAGGCAACUGGGUCACCUUUGAUGACGAUCUUGCUUUUCAAGCUUCUCCAAGGCCAAAGAGUUUACCUCUGGAGACUCAAGGUGUCUCUAGACCCAAUGGACUAAAGCUGAACCUUUCCGGCCCAAAGGAGUUUCCCAGUGGCUCCUCUUCUACCAGCAGCACCCCUCUCUCCUCUCCUAUUGUAGACUUUUACUUCAGCCCAGGACCUCCAAGUAACUCCCCUCUUUCCACGCCUACCAAAGACUUCCCAGGGUUUCCUGGUGUCCCCAAAGCAGGGACUCAUGUGCUUUAUCCCAUCCCAGAAGCAUCGUCAAACAGCCCACUCACUACAGACUCCUCUUUUUUGUCUCCCAAACCAACCUGCUCAUCCCAUGCGCUCUUACCCAGUGACCACACAGAUGCAUCUCCGGCUCCCAAAGCAGGGCUUCCAAGUGAAAUUAGCACUCAUGAGACCGAAACCCAGAGGUUCCAGGGCGAUGCGCCCCAGUUUCAGUACUUUCGGGAUGACUGUGCUUUUUCCAGCCCAUUUUGGAAAGAUGAAACCAGUGCUUCCCAGUUCACCCUUGAGGCCCUGGGAAGCAGAAAGACAUUCUCACUGAGAGACAAGGAGACACCUGUUGACCAAAAAAGCCUCAAUAAGUGCUCGCUCAACUACAUCUGCGAGAAGCUUGAGCAUCUCCAGUCUGCUGAGAAUCGGGAGUCAUCACUUGGGAAUGUGUCCACGCAGUGUCUGGACACUGAGGGCCCUGCCUCUGCCUUUGUCCCCCAAACACUCUUCAGGAGCCAGCCCACAUCCGGGUGGUCAUUCAUGCUCAGGAUCCCCGAGAAGAAAAACAUGAUGUCUUCCCGGCAGUGGGGACCGAUCUUUCUGAAAGUUCUACCUGGAGGCAUUUUGCAAAUGUACUAUGAGAAAGGGUUAGAGAGACCUUUCAGAGAGUUGCAGCUCGAUCCGCACUGUAGGCUUUCGGAACCAAAAGUAGAGAGCUUUAGUGUGGCAGGGAAGAUCCACACGGUGAAGAUUGAGCACGUGUCUUACACAGAAAAAAGGAAAUACCACUCUAAAGCGGAAGUGGUCCAUGAGGCCGACGUAGAGCAGAUGCUGAAGCUGGGCACCACAGAGUACCACGACUUCCUCGAUUUCUUGACCACUGUGGAGGAGGAACUGGUGACGCUGCCAGCCGUGGCCAAACCGAGAAGGAGCUAUGAGGAGCAGGAGAUGACUGUGGAAGUUGUGGACCACUUCUGGGGUCAAGUCACCAAAGAAGAAGGAAAACUGGUUGAAAGUGCAGUGAUAACACAGAUCUCUUGCCUCUGCUUUGUGAAUGGGAAUGCGGAGUGCUUUCUAACCUUGAAUGACCUUGAGCUACAGAAACUGGAUGAAUCCUACUUUGAAAAAGACACAGAGAGAAGGGGAAUCAAUAUUCUUGACUACCAUUUUCAUAAGUGCGUGAAAGUGCAAGAGUUUGAACAAGCAAGAAUCAUUAAGUUUGCCCCCUUGGAUGCCUGCCGCUUUGAGCUGAUGCGUUUCAAAACCUUGUAUGAUGGGAGCGACCUCCCAUUUUCUGUGAAGUCUGUCGUGGUUGUCCAGGGGGCGUAUGUGGAACUUCAAGCCUUCAUCAACAUGGCCCCACUGGCCCAGAGGCCAUCCCUUGCCAGUCCCUUGCGGUCCUGUGACAAUGUAACAAUACACUUCCCUGUCCCAUCCCAGUGGAUCAAGGCCCUCUGGACCAUGAACCUCCAAAGGCAGAAGUCCUUGAAAGCCAAAAUGAACCGCCGGGCAUGUCUGGGAAGCUUACAUGAGCUUGAGUCUGAACCUGUCAUUCAGGUCACAGUGGGGUCAGCAAAAUAUGAGAGUGCCUUCCGGGCUGUGGUAUGGAAGAUAGACCGACUUCCAGAUAAAAAUUCAAGUCCUGACCAUCCCCAUUGUCUGUCCUGCAAACUAGAACUUGGGUCAGACCAGGAGAUCCCCUCUGACUGGCAUCCGUUCGCUACUGUUCAGUUCGUGAUGCUUGACACCUGCGCCUCUGGGACCGUGGUCCGAUCUCUAGGGGUGGAGAGUGAUGUGCAGCCGCAGAAGCAUGUCCACCAGCGAGCUUGCUACAACAUUCAGGUUGAAAUAGAGAAGAAAAGGAUUAAGAUUGAUGGAGAAGACCCAGAGAAAGCUGGUGACUGCGUAACUCAAUAGCGUAGGAAGAGUCCAGAAUGACCGUGCAUGCGUCUGCGAGUCACGAAGCCACAGCGAGUUCUGCUCGGUGGGCAGCGCACAGGAGUCCUGCCGUGGUCUCAGGACCGGUCCCACGGCUCUGUCCAGAGAAGUUGAAACCUGAAACCGAACCGGUUGAGCUUUAUGUUUUGAUUCCCCCCCCCCCCCCCCAGGGUUUCAUCUGAAAUGUGUUUGUACUUGUGUGAUGCUUUGCUUCCUGUUAAAACUCAGAGGCACGUGUGGCCUGGCGGCCGGUCUGGCUGAAGGGUUUUUCAGUCUUUGGGUGCCCAGAGGCUCGUGCUUUUGCCUUCUGCUUUACACAGAUGUUGUAGAUAUGACCCUUCAGCCCCCAUUCCUUCUUGCUCUUAGCAACUGCCCCAGCAGGUAAGGCAAUCAAAGGGGACAUAAAUCAAAUAGUUAAUUCUGCCUCUUGCUCAUCUCCUAAAAUGUGGCAGAGGUAUAGAAUGAUGAAGCCACAGGCUGUUUUGGAGAUUUGGAGGUGUCUGUGGCCUUGAAUUAUUAAACUUCUUGGUCCUUUACUGCAUUGGUAAGUAAUCCUUGGCUGUAUUUGGGUACCUGUUCUUUUGCCUGCCAUAUUAUCAUUUUGAAAAUCUGUGUGUAUUCUGGUGUGGGCUGCAAAGAAGCUAUUUCUGUGGAUAAUGCAUAUUUUAGUGCGAGUCACGAAGACUUAUUGCUUUUUGCUUGGUGGGAUUCCUUUCAAGAUGUGUUUGGAGUAUUGGACACUACUUAAAAUAUUUAUGUACAUUAAAGAUGAAUUUUUAAAAUUCAUGAAUACUGUUUUCCAAAAGUACAGAAUUCAAAAUGGAAUGUAUUGUGAUAAAGGAUUAUAUGUGAUCAACGCAGGCUUCUUUGGAGUAGAAGUCUAAAUCAUAUUAUUAUUUUAUGCUAGUUCUGCUAUUAUGCUCUUUUAUGCUAAUCCUGCUUUAUUUAGAGUAUUUUUCUUUCAAAAAUGAAUACAAUGAAACAUACUAGGUUAUUCUAUAGUUCCAAGAUGUGGCAUUUUUAUUCUUCAGAGUUAGCUGAAGGACUAUAAUUGUUUGAUUUCUAAUGAAAAGCCCAUGGCAUUUACAGCUAUAGUUGUUUAUGGUUUCCUUUUUAACACUUACAGUAAGAGAUCAGAAUGUGCAUUUUUGGAAAUUUAUAUGUUAGGUACUUUUGGCCUGUGGUAUUAGUUUACCUUCAACCUCUGUUGAACCUGUCUCCAUGUACGAGAGAUGUUUUGAGCCAGAACUGAUAUGAAGUUCUAACAUGUAUUGGUUGGCAUACGGAGUUUAUAUUGUAUGUUUUAUAUGAGUUUUAAUCUGUUCAAAAACCGACAAAGACUAACAGCUACGAUACUCUUUACCUACCAGCAGAUUUUAUUACUUUUCAUUAUUUUGCCAUCAAGGUAAACAAUGCAAUAGCCGAAAGUUAAAAUGAAUCUAUCUUGCUCUUUUUAGCUUCACUCGAUGCAUUGUUCAUAAUAUCAUAUGUCUGCACCUUGUAGUGGAUGCACAGGAGGGCAAAUCCAUGCGUAUGCCAUUUCUCAAGAUGCUACCAUCUUUCCACAUCUGGGAUGGGCACCCUCAAGAGCGACUUCCAUCUGCUCAGAACCUGCACAGAGGUGGGCCGGUGCUGAUGCUGGGUCCCCAAACCCAGGAAGUUCUCUGGCUUGGGGACUGCCCUGGCUUGCUGAUAGUGCUUCCUGGCACCCUGCCACAAAGGGAGCCGCAGUCUGAUUGGAGUGAAUUGGAGGAAUAUUCACGCCCCCACAUGAAUUUAGCAGAAGGGCCGAUGAGUUGCCCCUCAGGUUUCAGCGGUUGGCUGGCUGCCGGAGUCUGUUACCUGGGUGCUGCCCUGUGAGGAUUCAGUGCUGAGAACAGAGUAGCACAUGACCGAGUGAAGCCCCAAGACUUGAGGUUGUUCGGCUCUGCACAGGUCGAUAGCAUUAGCAGCGGGGUGCUGCUGCAUAAUUGUUAAUUUGCACAUUAGGACCUUAAAUAUUCAUUUCUUAGUGAUAAGUUAACAUUCUGUGUAGGGAGAGGCUUCUUAAUGCAAUUCUUUUCUGACCCUAGAAAUGGCAGGAGGUCAGAUACGACUACUGUGCUGUAAGUGAAAAAUUGGGUCAGGUCCGUUGAGAAUUACCCAUUAAGAAAUAGAAUCACCCAUCACUGAAAGUUAAUAGUGAUCUUCAGAAAACUCUGGCUUUUGAGGGAGGGAGGGAGGAAGGGAUUGAGUGCGAGGCAGACCUUACGUGGGUUUUGCUUUAGAUCCCCUACUGAAGGGGCUGACCAUUUCGGAGUCAGACAUUUGGUUGACGCUGUGGCUGAGUGGAAGGAGUUGGCUAAUGCGUGAUGUUCUGCUUUGCUGUUCCGGUCCGGUCUAGCAAUCACAGGAUCACAUCAGCUGUGAUAGCGCGUUGUUCAGUUGAUCCAGUGUGCAGAUCUGGUUCCACGACAUUUCCUUUGCCUAUGGGAAUUGCGUUUCUCAGUGUGAAUAAUGAUAUGCAAGAAAGAUACUUUCCAACGUAAGAACAAAGGCUGGACUUUUUGACCUGAUCUGUACAAGUUAGAUGGCUCUAAGCUUUUCUGGGUUUUCAUUCCAGAGCUGUGCUCAUGAUGCAGUUUUUUUUUUUUUUCUGAUAAAUUCAGUUAGGGAGCUUUCCUCAACAGUGGCUAUUAUGUUUUACUGUAACUAUGAUUUUUGUGUCUUAUCAAUACAAAGAUAAAGCAGAUGGAGCCUUAAUAAUCAUGUAACAAAGUAUUUUGUAGAUUGCAUAUUGAUUUUUUCUAAAAUUAAAGAUGUAUUUCAUGUAAUUCAUGCUGUGCUGUGGACUUAAUAUCUUCUUUUGCAAGGUCUGGGUCUAUUUUUUUGAAAGGUAGGAAAUCAAUUUCAAUAACCUUAACCAACUGACUCUCCAUCAGGCCUAGGUACAUGGCUUCACUACCAAGGAGUCAGUGAACAAGACAUCCUGGCAUGUGCUGGAAAAAUACCACCACCAAACUACAAUUGAUGAGAUAAUAAAGGGUGACUUCUGAAAGAGGGUAUCGCCAUGACUCAUAAAGAUAUGAAUAUAUGCUUAAGAUUUUGACUCAAUUCAUUAUGUUGCAACUGGCAUCAAAGAGAAUUCAGAGGUCAGAGCCUUAUUUGGCAAGGAAUUUGAAAAUGAAUUUGCAAGUUAAUGCAUAGUGGGUCUCUACACGACAAUAACUAACAACCUUUGCUUCCCUACCUCAGUGAAUUUGCUUUUCUGUGGACACCGUGUCAUGUGCGUUGCUUGCAGGCAUGAGGAUUCAAAGACAUCGAGGUGACUGACACCGUGGCUGCCUGAGCCUCACAGGGCUUCUCAUCUUUCCUGUGACACCAGCACACACCGCGUCCACGGCAGAGUUGUGUGGUUUUCUCACUUGAGCCAGUAGUCUAGCAGCACUAACGAA